AUGUCGAAGCAGCAGAAAGCAGUUCUAGUCAAGGAGAUUGGCAAGCCAGUCGUUCUAGGCGAGAAAGAUGUUCCCAUUCCAGCUCACGACGAGGUUCUAGUGAGAGUUACAACCACAAUGUUACUUCCUCACGAUGCCUAUGGCCGUGACUGGGGACUUUUCAUCGAGAACAAGCUUCCAGCAGUGCUCGGCUCCAACAUCACAGGUAUCAUCGAACAAGUCGGCAGCGGUGUAACAGAAUUCCGGAAAGGCGAUGAGGUCUUUGGUCUCGCAAACCCAGCAGACCUCACCAAUGUUCAAGCUGGUCUCCAAACAUACAGCACUUUGCCCUCUAGGGCAAUAGCCAAGAUACCUGAAGGCUUUACUGCAGAACAAGUCGUCACCCUGCCUGUCAAUCUUGUGACGUCCUUUCAGGCACUGUUCACGAACAAUUCGGGCUUUGGAUUCAAACUAGGUGCGCAGGACGGAAACAAAGCUGCAGACCAAACACUCGUGAUCAUCGGAGCAGGUGCCGUAGUCGGAAAAUUCGCCAUCCAACUCGCCAAAUUCGCUGGUAUCGGGACGAUCAUCGCCAUCGCAGGCCUCGACGGCGAAAAAGAAUUGAGGAAAAUGGGUGCGACGCAUGUCGUUGACAGAAGUCUGCCGCAAGAAGCUAUUGUGGAACAAGUCCAUUCUAUCACGGGCAAAGAUGACGUAACGAACAUUUACGAUUGUCGCAGCAUGUCAUUCGAACUGGCUGCUGAUUUGCUUGCGGAAGGCAAAAAGACUCGGCUUGUGACGGUGCAUCCGGAUAAUGAAAAUCCUGGUGUUGUGGCUUCGAAGAGACCGGAUGCUGAGAUGAACUUUAUUGAGGGUUCGAGUGAGAAUUUGGGGGAUUUGGAGAGUGUGUUUUGGAGAGAUGUGGGUGGGUGGUUGAAAGAUGGUUGGAUUUUGCCUGCGAAACUCAGGGUUGUGGAGGGGUUGGAGAAGGUCGAUGAGAUUAAUGCUGCAUUGGAUGGGUAUGCUGCAGGAAAAGGUGGGCCGCAGUUGGUUGUGAAAUUGGCAUAA